AAUUCAGACACUCAAGAGAAAAAGAUAGCGAAACCCUAGAAGUCGAAGCCAAAUUCGAGAAGACGAAGGACUCCUCGUAAAAAAAAAGAAUCUCCAAUGGCUUCUCGUAUCCAAUCCCCAGUUUUCAACCCUAACCCUUUCCCUCUAGGAUCCAAUGACGAUGACCUCGAGCGCGCCCAAGCACGUGCCGCGCGUGCCGCCUCCAUUCGCCGUAGGUCCGUCGCCUUCUCUCCUCCGCCUCCCACAAAUCGCAGUCGCCAACAGGAUCAUCCAUUCUUGGCUAGCGAUCAGAUCAUGGAUCUCUUUCAGAAUUGUAUCAAGCUCGCCAGUGAAAACAAAAUCAACCAGAAGAACACGUGGGAGCUCGGGCUGAUUGAUCAUCUUAGUGAGAUUGUUAGGGUUAGAGAUGAUACUGAAGAUAAUGAAACCAAUUUCCAAAAGGCUAGUUGCACUUUGGAAGCUGGAGUGAAGAUUUACUCGCUGAGAGUGGAUUCUGUGCAUUCUGAGGCCUAUAAGGUUCUUGGAGGGAUCAAUAGGGCCGGGCGUGAAGAAGAUGGAGAAAACGCCGGAGAUGGUGAACAUAGUCAGAAUGAUCAAACGGAAGGACUUGCAAAGAAAGAUCUGGACAGGAAGUUGUCACCUUUAACAACUUUGGAAUCUUCUUAUGAAGCCCUCAACAUAAAGAAGUUUGAUGUGGCAUUCACUGUUGAUCCUCUUUACCAUCAAACAUCGGCUCAGUUUGAUGAAGGGGGAGCCAAGGGUCUUUUGUUAAACAACCUUGGAGUUUAUGGCAGUUGUCGCGUGAUUUUUGAUUCAUUUGAGUCACCAGAGAAGGAUAUUUUAACUGAACCGCAGAACCAUGAUGCUGAUGUAAUUGAUCUUACAUUUGCUAAAGAAAUCAUUGAGCAGAUGAUAAGUUAUUUGCCCACAAAAAGUGACAUUUCUCCAACUUUGAGGGAUAUCGUGAGUCAGUUUGAUGAAGAUAAUUGUAGGCCAUCAGCUGUGGUUACUGUAGAAGAACCUCCUUUGGUUCAAGACGACACAGAUGAUUAUGACCAUCCUGAAGUUGAAGGCAAUUUUGAUGAUUGUGGGGCUUGGAGUAUUGAUCACAAUGAGCAUGCAAGUUUUAGUGACAAUGAAUCUAGCAACUGCUUCAUCAGUACAGAUGCAAAUUUUACUAGCCAUGAAGAUGAGAAUAGUGAAUAUACAAUCCAGGGUCCUAAUAUGAACCAGAAACUUGAGAAAAUUGCUGAUUUCCUUUGUUUGGGGUUGGGAUUUACUUCAAAAUCAAAUGCUUGGGCGGGUCCUGAUCAUUGGAAGUACCAGAAGGUCAAAGCUUUAGAACAAAUUCCAUUCACAGAUAAUGGAUCAGAAUUAGCAAGUAAGAAGCCAAAGAUAAAAAAGGGAGUGGCUGAUCUCGAUUUCACAAAAUCUCUGGACAUUGCGAUGCUGAAUAUUUUUGCACCCCCCAAAAAUCCAAAGUCUCUGCUGCUACCAGUGAACCGAGCACCCUGCAAUAUUACUCUCCCAGAAGAUUGCCACUACAAACCUGAAAAUCUUGUCAAGCUGCUUUUGCUUCCAGAUGUUAUGUGUCUUGGGAAAAAAGCAAGAAGGUGUUCUGAUGAGUCACGGCAGGAUGAUGGCUUCAUUCCAUUUGCGUCAUAUGACGAUGACAAUAUGGGAAAUGACGACUUUCCGACAUAUAAUAGUGACAUCGAAGAUCCAGGAACUCUUGUUCGCCCACCACGGCAGGUAAACAAAGUCGACAUACAAUAUGACAAAGUAUCCAAACAAGUUGAUGUUCAUGCGUUAAAAGAUAUGCUUUGGAGCAACAUACGAGAAUCAGUUCAGAUGUCGGAUGUGGGAAACAAGGCGGCCGUAUCUUUAAAGCAAAUUUUGCGUCAAUUUUCAAGUGAGUCAUGUCCUGCUGCCUCUCUGCCCAAGGAUAUUUCCCCACAUCUUUUCUUCAUCUGUCUCUUGCACUUGGCAAAUGAGCACUGCUUGAGCCUUCAUGACCAUCCAACGUUAGAUGAACUUGACAUUCGCAUCCCUUCUUCAGCAUUUGUGUAGUAACAACCAUUCCAGUCAUUUACAAUUCUUUUUCCGCAGCAGCUGCUCAUGUUUGUUAGCACAGUCUGCAGUGUACCUCUUGUAACUUAUUGUAUCACUAUUACAGGUGAAAAAUGCACGUAACAAGAAAAAGAUGUUUUUGGGUGUAUAAUGUGUAGCAUGUUCUUUUACUGUGAGUUUGAGGUUGAUGGU